AAUUUGUAGUUUAGUCACGUUUGUUAAUAAUGUUAUUAACCCGCGAACGAAAAACCCUAGAGCUUAAAAUAGAUUGAUCGUUAAAACCCUAGGGAUUUCAGUUCUCCGAAAAUCCCUAAUCCUAAUGAAGACGGUAACCGGCAAGAUCCUCUCUUCAACUCCGGUUUCCGUUUCCAAGGCGGCCAAAAUCAUCGCCAACUUCUCCGCCACAGACAACGGCGCGUCGCAAGCAAUCAGCGCAUACCUUCGACGCGCCUCCGCUUCAUUCAGUGAGCUCAAACAAUUGCACAAAGAGCUCCGAAAACCGUCGAGAUCAGACCACAAGCACAAGAAGUCAAAGUCCGAGACCACAGUGGACGGUGCUCGUGAGUCGAGCCUAGAACCGAGUGAAUUCAACUCGGCUCGUGAAGAUGUGGAGGUGAGUCAGGAGGCGGGUCACGGGUACAGAGACGGUGAGAGGAAAAAACAGAAGAACAAGAAGAAGAAAGCGAAGGGCGAGAAUAUUGAUGUUGGGGGGAAAAUUGUAAUUGAAGACGGAGAAAGCAAGAGGGGGAAGGAAAAUAGUGAGAGUAACUUUGGGGAAGAUGAGGACAAAACGGUAAAGAAGCAUAAGAAGGAGAAAAGUGGCAGAAAGGUUGAAACUUUGGAGGAAAAUGGGGUUAACGUUGAGAAAGGUGAAAUGAUGGAUGAGGAAGAGAGGGAAGGGGAGAAGAAAAAGAAGAAAAGGAAGAGUAGAGAUAUUGAGGAGGGAAUUGAAAAUAAUGCUUCAUCAGAGCGACGGAAGAAGAAGAAGGUUAAAAAUGAAGUUGAUAAGUGAUUGAUUUUGCGGCAUUUUAGCAAUUUUGUUGUUUUAGAUGACCGAUUGAAGGUGGGUUUUGGGCUUUUUGGAUGCUAUUUGUAAUUGAAGGAAGUAUGUUUCUAAUUUAUAAUGAAUGAAAUCUAUCCAUGGUUAUUAACAAA